AUGUCGGACGCCAAGGCCGCUGCUCAGAACCCCAUGCGCGAGUUGCGCAUCGAGAAGUUGGUCAUCAACAUCUCCGUUGGCGAGUCGGGCGAUAGGCUCACCCGUGCGGCCAAGGUCCUCGAGCAGCUCACCGGUCAGACGCCCGUCACCUCCAAGGCGCGGUACACGGUCCGCCACUUCGGUAUCCGCCGUAACGAGAAGAUCGCCGUACACGUUACGAUCCGUGGCCCCAAGGCCGAGGAGAUCCUCGAGCGUGGCCUCAAGGUCAAGGAGUACGAGCUCAAGAAGCGCAACUUCUCCGAGACUGGCAACUUUGGGUUCGGCAUUGCCGAGCACAUCGACUUGGGGAUCAAGUACGACCCCGGAAUCGGUAUCUUCGGCAUGGACUUCUACGUCGUCAUGGGCCGACCUGGUGGCCGUGUCGCGCGCCGCAAGCACUGCACCUCGCGCGUCGGCUUCUCGCACCGCGUCAAGCGCGAGGAGACGAUGGCCUGGUUCAAGCAGCGCUUCGACGGUAUCCUCUUCGGUCGCUAA